GAACGGGGAGCGAAACUACCGCGUCUAAUGACGAGAGACACGAGACGUGAGUAGUACGUUUCUAUUACCAAGAUCCAUAUUUGUCAACGCGCCUCUUUCUGAUACGUCCUUCGUCACUUGUGAAAAAAAAAAAAAAAAUAUUACUCGCAAUCAGUUUAAUGGAGUUGUCGACUGUAACGGCGAGUAGAUGAAUAUCGUGGUAUGAAUAAAAAGUGUCCAAAGAAGUCGGUCUGGAUACAACGAACGUUCGGGUGUCGCGGAUGUCGCGACGAAUACACUCGCGAAGGUUUUUUUCGGGGGUCAGCGGCGAAAUCCAGGUGGGUCUUGUAUCCUCCGUACGUAAAGUUCUCCCGUGAGUUGGAAAUUUGCGAUGUAAGGUGGGUGGUUAGGUAGUCGCGAGGUGCCAGAGAGCUGCCGAAGCGAGCAUGCGAUAAUAUUACUCGUGGCGAGGGCUGAGUAUUGCCGAGGGGUUGAACUGCACGCCAGUCCGUGGUGAGACGUGACUCGCGGUAGUACGCCUGCCUAUAAUACAUUUUUUGGUUCCUCUGGCCUCCCGUCUGCGUUGUUUGUCUACGCGGAGCCGCCACGUUGAACGAUUAUAUUUAUUCUGGUCUGCCGGUGCCGCGACUCCGCCGCUUAUCGAAUGUGUUCGACAAAAUUGAAUUUACCCACACCGUCGUUGCCGAAUGCGCCUCCGACCCCCGAAGGUCAUCGGGGUCAGCGGAGUUGACUGCAACGUAUCGAUAAAUUUAUCGGCGUACGCUCGCGCAUUUUGGGGUUUCGGUCAUCCGAGGUUCGCCACUGUGGCUUCGUACAGAAGACGACAACUCCUUGCGGAGGAAGUCCCGGGACUCUACAUCCGAAGGCUGACCCUCGAGGAUCCGAAGGGCGCGAAAGACCGUUCCCAGUCAUCGUCGGCCCGUCACGUCUGCUAUCCGAGGCGCAGACCCUCCCCCCCGUUGAUUGGCCCAGGACGGAAAACGUCAAGCUAUCGCGGCGUGACGCAGUGGUUCGACCAGAUGAAAACUGAGGUGCCCCCCUUCCUCACGAUCACCUCUCUACAGCUUCCCGAUUCACCGAUCCCCCUGAUCGACUCGCAGGCGAUAGCCCGUUGCCGAUCGCGAAGAGAUUCCACGCCCGCUGGAGCGUCCGACGCGAACGACGACAAUGACGCAAUCAUGGACGAACUACUCGGUAAGGUCGCAGCCGUCAGAGGUCACGCCGAAGGUCAAAGAUCCAAGAGGAACAAAGACCCACGCGCGUCGUCGGCAACCUGCAACAGCCGAGAGUUCACGGAUCUAGAAGAGUGCACGCGAAGGAUAAUAGAAGGACCCGGCUGUCCCGUUAGAAAAAAGUCACCGAGAUCUCGGAAAGCCACCGACGAAAGUGAAACGCGCGAUUGCAUCUGUUCGGAAGUAUCGGAGAACCUGCGGAUCAAUAUUAGAAAAAAGACGGAGGUCCGUCGUUCGUCCCGCAGCCCGAGUCCGGAGGUUACGCACGUCAUAAGGAUCGCCAUGAAGUACCACGGGCAACAGGAUUGCCCGGAGCAGCGGGAGGUGACGGGUGUAGCGGGCCCCCGAGCGGAAAAAGAAGAGAUCGACAACAAGAGGAACGUGCUAGCGGGGGGACGCCCAGGGGGAUGCUGUCCCGGUGUGAGCGUCGCUCUGGAUUUCACGUUGAACUGUUCGAGUCUCCAGCUGACGUCGCGCGACGUUUGCGUCAAGACGGACAAAAAGAGGGGAUCGUUGACGCGUCUCGGUGACGAUACGCGAUCGAUCGAAGACGCCGAGCAAUGAAUUCCCGCGGGACGGAUCGGCUUUUGCCCGAAAAUUCGAUAAAGGUUCGCGAAAAAAAAGGAAACGAGCGAUGGGGAAACGAGAACGAGAACAAGAAGAACGAGGAGAAGCAGAAGAAGAAGAGGUCGCGCCGUGCAGCAGCUGAGAUUAUUAUCCCACGCAGCGUCGCGUAGCGCCCGCGCGCGUCCCGCUGCAGCGCACACCGUGUGACGUUUAAACAGGUUUUAUUUAUGACACGACGUCGCUCCUCGCGGUAGACUCUGCGUAUGUAUUUAUGCCGUAUGUAGUGUAUUUAUGCUACGUAUAUGUAUAUGUAUAUGUAUAUCGUGCGGUAUAGUGCGACGUCGAAUUUCCCACGUUCCCCACCCCGCCCCCAGGCUAGACAGUCCUUCGCGAUUAGGUGUAUACCCUCCGAGAUCUACCUGUAUACAUACACAUGAGCUCGUAAUCUCGCUGAAAAAAGGGCUGAAUCUUCGAACUCCCGGCUCACAAGCCACGGGUCAAGGAUAUCGCCGAAGCUCAGUCGCUCACCUGCGUCGAGCUUAUAUCCCAUGGAAAAUACAAGUCUUAUCAUUUUGGAUUGCAUUGCAAAAAAAAAAUAUGUGUAUUAUUCCAUUCGGAUGACGUUCGCGAGAUUUAUUAAUUUCGUUUUUCAGCUCAAUCGUUAAGCGUUAGUCGAUAUAAACUGUGGUCAGCGGCUCAUAUCUGCAUACGGAGAUAAAACAGGUGCAACGGUCCCCUGAACCUGGUCCGCGGUGCAGCGUUAUAGUUAUAGUAUAUUAUUGCCGCAGCAAAUUUCGCACCGUCAUCGUCAAAUAAAUACGUUAAUCGUACGAGGAGAGUAAGAAAAAACAAAACAAAAAAAAAAAAGGUAGGAGAAUAAAAGGAAGAGAGAAAAAAGAAGUCCGGGCGAGGACGCGAGAAGUUUUGGGUCUCAUGUGCCGGCGCGGGAUUCGCGAGAAGCUGUUGCUGCAGCGGCAUCUCGCGCUGCGGCUGUGGGGGCGAGCGAAGAGCGAAAGAAGGAGGAACACGGCGGGGGGCUACGGGGAACGGGGGGAACGGCCAUGAACCAUUUUCGCCCUUAGAGCAGCGGCGACGACGCGCCGCGAGCGAACGAGCACCGUACAACACAGACAAAAUAAAACUGAAGCGAAAAGCGGCGGAGAGCGAGGAGAGUGCAACGGGCAGCCGAACUUCCAGCGCUGCACAACGUAGAAACGUAGAACGGAGAGGAACGGGGAAGAACGGAGAACGGGGGAAGGCGAACGUAUCGCGAGAAACGGACGAAACGGGGGACCGCGAAAGCCCGGAUCGGUAACCGGAGGCAAUGGACCAAGCGGGAGCAACGGCGUAUCUCUCGCGUGCUCUCCGCGCCCGAUACCUGUCCUCCGAUUCAUGUGUGUACACCGCACCCGCCUCGUGUACGUGUUACGCCUAC